AUGAAUACCAUUUUCGGAAAGCGUAAAACUCUUGCAGAACUUCUGCGGGAAAACAAGAGGAUGCUUGAUAACUCAACCAAAGAGAUCGAGAGGGAGAGGCAAGCCCUUCAAACACAAGAGAAGAAACUUAUCACUGAGAUUAAAAAGACCGCAAAGCAGGGACAGAUGGGAGUGAAAGUGAUGGCAAAGGACCUUAUCUAA